AUGGCUUAUAGUUUUCAUAACAAAGUUUCAAAAGAACAAAAUGUGUUAAUUUUUGAUUUGGGUGGUGGCACUUGUAAUGUAUCUGUUUUAAUAAUAGAAAAUGGAAUGUAUGAAAUUAAAUCAACAGCUGGUGAUGCACAUUUGGGUGGUGAACAUUUUGACAACCGAAUGAUCACAUGUUUUGUUCAAGAAUUUAAAAGAAAACAUAACAAAGAUUUAUCUGUUGAUAAACGUGCUCUUCGAAGAUUACGUACGGCUUGCGAGUCUGCUAAACGUACUUUAUCAUCAUCUUUGCAAGCUUCGAUUGAAAUUGAAUCUUUAUCCGAUGGUAUUGAUUUCUAUUCGAGGAUAACUCGUACUUGUUUUGAAGAACUUUGUUCUGAUUUAUUCCAUGCAACAUUAGAAUCCGUUGAAAAAGCAUUACGUGAGGCUAAAAUGAAUAGAUUAGAAAUCCAUGAAAUUGUUCUUGUUGGUGGUUCAAUACAUAUGCCACAAGACAUUGAAGCACCUGCCGGUAUUAUGAUACCAGUACUUAAAUUUAUUUAA